AUGUCUCCAACAUCUUCUGAAGAGGAAAGCUCAAUGCUCGAAGAAUCAAGCAUUUACAAUUCACACGGGAUAGAGAAAGAAAAACAGAAUGAAAUAAGUGUAGAGCACUCAGCGAAUAUUGUUUCUGAUGAUAGUGAUUCCAAAGUAAUCAGUCCAGAUAAUUCGUCCAAAGCUAAUGACUAUGAUGAUCUCAUGCCUUCAUUAAUGGAGAAAGGAACUAAUAAAGUUCAGACAGACUAUGAUAGUAAUUGUAGCCACGACAAUGAUUAUGAAGAAGACGUAUCAUUUUCAGAUAAUGAUAAGAUAAAUGAUAUAGACACGAUGGUUUCUGAUGACAAAGAAGAU